AUGAACAAUUGCAUUUCUUCAUCAUCACCUUUAAUCAAUCUUUUGAAGAAAACAAUACCACUCUAUACCCCCGCCAAACUAACCAAAACUCCUUACAACCACCUUACAAUAAUCUCAACCCCUCUAUCUUCCUCGUCCAUGUCCAUGUCCACCACCCCGCCGGAGUUCCCUUCGAGGCGGAACCCCGAGAUUGACCCGGCCACGCCGCCGGAGAUGCCCCCGAUUCCAAAAGAACCCGACGAGUUCAACAUCAUCCCGCCUGAACCGGAGAUUAAACCGCCUAUACCGCCACCUGACCCCACACCGAAUCCGCCAGGACCAGAAAUUCCACACCAGCCUAUUCCGUCGCCUCCUGGACCUGAUAUAUUCCCACCACCUGAGGUCCCACCGCGUCAGCCGCCUGAUGUUGUUCCUCCUAACGCACCGGAGAUAUUCCCACCACCGUCAACACCGAUACCUGACAUAAUCCCGCCAAUGGGUCCAAGGGUUGUACUCUAA